AUGGGUCGCAAAAAGAUUCAAAUUACCCGAAUUCAAGAUGAGAGGAAUCGUCAGGUGAGUGAACUAAUUUUUAUCGAUAUUAGGUUUCACAGAAAACGACAAUGUUGAAUUUAUAAAUUGAAACGACAAAAUUGUUAAAUAUCAGUAUUCUUGUCUUUGGGUUGGAAGCUGUUUCAAUAUAAGACUUAACAGAAAGUAAUUAAGAAGGGUAACGCAGGUCACAUUUAUAAGCUACAGUAACCCUUACUUUUCGGUAGACCCCAACUCAGUAGCACCUGGUAAAGACAAAUGAAUUAGCAACGCCUAUGACGUAUUAUGAGGCUACGAAAACACAUCGGGGACCACUGUUUUGAGGAGUUUUGUCGUAAUCGACCUUUUCCUUUUAGGUUACCUUCACAAAGAGAAAGUUUGGAUUGAUGAAAAAGGCUUAUGAACUCUCGGUUUUGUGUGAUUGCGAGAUCGCCUUGAUCAUCUUCAACUCCAGUAAUCGAUUAUUUCAAUAUGCAUCCACUGAUAUGGACAAAGUUCUGCUCAAAUAUACGGAAUACAACGAUCCUCACGAAAGCCGUACCAACCACGAUAUCAUGGAAAUGUUGCAGCGAAAGGAAGGGAAGCCCUGCAACGGAAACGACUCCGACGACGACUCUCCUGGACCCUCCACUCCACAUCAGGCUAUCCCUUCGUCAGGAGGUGAGUGUUUUAUUACAUCAUUUGAUUAUCCUUUACAGUUUCUUAUCCAUCUAAUGGGGUGCCAAGUCAAAGUUUGCCAAACCGACAACCACAACUUGACUUCAACGGGGUUACAAACAUAGCUCAAAUCUUCAACAACCCAAACGUUUUUCUGAAUAAUCCAUACAAUCAGAUGCGACAGAAUCUCCCGAAUGCUGUAGCUUCUACAUUGGCUGCAGCAGCAACGGGGAACAACAACCGGACGCCCAUCGACUCGAUGAUUAAUAAGGAACACCACCAGGUAUGCAGUAAUCUUUGGCUAUUCAACCAAUUUCAGGACUUUCCAACGACAUCGGCUAACUUCUCGCUACAAAACAGUUAUCACAAUGUCUCCAGCCUGGACUGUUUACCAAAUGGACACCAUCAACAACAACGUCCUGCAUCUACAGCGGGUAUAAUGCAGCAUAACGGGAACGGGCUGAUGCUGCCGCCCGUUCUGCCACCCCAGUCAUUAACUCCUCAACCCAUGCCCAGUCAUAUGAUGGAGAACAAUCAGCAGCAUGAUGUGGGUGGGAAUCCGCUUCAGCCGAGUCAUAAUUGGAUACCCGACAAAUACAUGAAACUGGAGCCAGUGGGAUCGCCUGUCGAGAAGCGAGCGCGUCUAGAUGAUUGGCGAGCCCAGUCCAUCACCUAG